AUGGCGCAACACAACCAUCACGACGCGGCUUCUGAUGAUAAUAAGCCUGGGUCUUUCGAUGCGCAGCAGAAGGACAAUCAUGCUGAUGAGGCACCGAGUCCAUCUGGGGAUGUGGAAAAAGGAGAGGGAGAAAAGGCUCCUCCUGUUGCGGCAGCGCCACCUGGUGGACCGGUGCCCAAUGGAGGUUCGAAGGCGUGGUUGCAGGUGCUUGGAAGUGAGUGAUGAGGCCCCCUCCAGGAUUACUCUCAUUUUCCAAGGGAAAACCAAUGCAGUACGGAUGGGUAUAUACUGAUGAUGGCAUUACUACCGUUUUUAGGUUGGAUGCUCUUCUUCAACACCUGGGGCAUCCUCAACACGUUUGGAGUCUACCAGACGUAUUACGAAAGCGGACGGCUGUACGUGGAAACGUCCUCGAACAUCUCGUGGAUCGGAUCCAUCCAGGCCUUCAUGGUGCUGCUCGUCGGCGCCUUCGUGGGCCCCGUCUACGAUCGAGGCUACUUCCGUCCGCUGUUGGUCUUCGGGUCGUUUAUGAUUGUCUUUGGACAUAUGAUGUUGAGUCUCUGUGAUGAGUUUUGGUGAGUUUUGUUCUUCUUUUCCAUCCUAUCCUCCGCAUCAAUCAUCAUUGCUGUCUCUUGGCAAAAGGUCACGGCUAUAUCUUUAGUGUUUGGAGAGAAUAUGUUUUGGCUUACUUUGGUUCUUUGUUGGGAAAAAGGCAAUGUCUUCUCGCGCAGGGAUUCGUGAUUGGCAUCGGAGGAGGAUGUCUGUUCGUGCCCAGUGUGGCGAUUCUGCCCACGUACUUCAACACGAAGAUCGGGCUGGUGAUUGGUCUUGCGGCUUCUGGGAGUUCCAUGGGAGGCAUUAUCUAUCCGAUCAUGUUCUACCGGUUAAUCGAUGAGGUAUGUCCAGAAAAGAGGGAGAGAAUCGGCCGUGAGAAGAGGGAGGACUGAUAACAUGGCAGGUCGGCUUUGGCUGGAGUGUGAGGAUCCUAGGAUUCACAGCGCUGGCGACUCUUCUUAUCCCGUAAGUCGGCGGAAGGACUUUGUUGCAGGUCGACCCUCCAGCGCAGAGAACACUACUCACCUCUCUUCUUAUCAUCAGGAUCUUCGUGAUGAAGCAGCGGGUCAAGCCGCCGAAACCUCGCUCCAUCAUCGACUGGUCCGCUUUCACCGACGUGCCAUAUGUAAGUGAGCCGUUCAAGCCCGACGCGUGCGGUCUAAUCUCACUAAUAACGUAUGACAGAUGACGUUUGUGCUAGGCUGCUUGAUUGGCUUUGCAGGACUCUAUGUCGCGUUCUUCUACGUGAGCUACUACGGCCAAUCGACAGGAUACACGGACGACAGCCUCUCCUUCUACCUGGUCCCGAUCCUGAACGCCGGCUCCGUGUUCGGUCGGACCCUUCCGAACUGGCUCGCCGACAAGAUCGGUCCGGCAAAUGUCAUUGCUCCAGGUAUACUUAUGAUUUCCUUGCUCUCUCUCUCGAAAAAAAAAUCCAUUUCUGUUUUUUGCCCCCCUUGGGAACCCUCACACUAAUCGCUUGCUGUUCCCAACAGGCGCCACGUGCGUGGGCAUCGUCCUCUUCUGCAUGAUCGCGGUGCAAAGCGCCGGGGGUCUCAUCGUGGAAGCGGCCCUCUUCGGCUUCUUCAGCGGCAUCUUCAUCGCCCUGCCGCCCGUCCUCUUCGUCGCCCUCACCCAGGACAAGAGCAAAGUCGGCACGCGCAUCGGCAUGGGCUUCGCCAUAGUGGGCCUCGGCGUGCUCGCAGGUGGUCCGGGGGGCGGCGGGAUUCUGGGGACCGGCGACGAUGGCGACUUGCACUGGACUGGGACCUGGGUCUACGCCGGGGUCUGCGCGAUCGCUGCGGGGGUUAUCUUUGGCGGCGUGCGGUUUAUGAGAUCCGGGGCGAAGGUCAUGGCGAAGGUGUAA